UCAUCUUGAAGAAGUCGUCAGUGUAAAUUUGCCACGUUUGAGACGGAUGUCAAUAUUUAUGAAUUUUGUACAGUAUAUUUAAUAACGUUUAUUUGAUAGCUGUCAGUAUCACUCAAGAGUACCGUUAGCCAAAUGUUUCACUGUAAUUGUGCUCGCGAUGAAGAAAGGUUACGCCCGUGGAAGUUUGCUGCAAGGAAAGCAUAAGAACGACAACGGCUUUCAGUAUUACACCUUUGACAAUGCCGGCACCGAAGACGAUGAACUCACUGCAGACGACGUCGUCGAGAUGUCGGAUGUACGGCAGAGGGGCACCGGUCUGCAGGCAGAACGGUGUGUGCAGAAAAAGACGGAUGAACCACCCACUUUCAUCGACAGGCGAAUUAAACCCGGUGAUACUCUGCAGAGCUUGGCUCUUCAGUAUGGAUGUCCGGUGGCUGAAAUAAAACGCAUCAACAAUCUUGUAACCGACCAACAGUUCUUCGCCUUAGUAGAUGUCAAAAUUCCAUUGAAGAGGUACGGUCUACUGGCCGACAUUAUUUCCACGGAGAACAUCAUUGCAUCCACGUCUUCUGAGACAGGCCGCAAGGCCAGGCGGAGAACAGUCUCAUGUUCAGAUGUACCACUGAGUUCUGAUGAGGAAACUAUAUUUGUGAGGACCAUAAGCAUACGUGACCAGCUGAAUGGCUCGACUUCCAGAGACGCUCGGACGUUUCUGGAAAGCAUGGACAAGGACCUGGAAAAGAUUCGGCAGUCGACGUCUUCGUACAAAGGCUCACUGGAAGAAGUGAAGCAGACGUUAACGUGCAAACGGUUUUAUCCCAUAGAGAAGAUGUCCAUUUUCAAUGGCACUGACUGCGGAAUCAGGUGGUGGAAUGUUGUUGUAGUUAUGAUUCUUGUUGCGAUACUCGUGCCACUGGCUUAUGUCGUUUACAUGGAACUGAACAAGAGAAACAUUACAUCAUCGGCUUCCAUAUCAAAUACAACGGAAGGAUCCUAGCAAAGCAUCUUGGAUAGAUGGAUGAUAUGCGUGUGUGGUAAAGUUUAAUUACAUUACCACAUAACGAGCAAUAUCAAACCUGCCCAUGACAAGUAGCCACGUGUCUCCAUUGGUCAUUUCUAAUGGCCAGAGUGCUGCAGCAGUAGUUUAGCAGGAAAACAUCACCAUGAGAAUCCUUGAUGCCAAAGGUUGUGCCUCUAAAUCCUAAAAUCUGUAUAUUCAUUUGACAUAUAUAUCAGGAGUUAAUAAAAGACCAAUUUGUCUUUUAUUAACUCCUGAUAUAUAUGCAUGUUAAUUUGUUUCAAUGAUAAACUGAACUGAGUAGUAGAAUGUACUAUAUUGAGUAAUAAACCAAUAUCUCUAAGCAAUGUAAGGUAAAUGAGGUGUGGCAAAAGCUGUGAUCUUUUAUUAUUCCUCAACCUGGCUCGUUUUCAUCAUAAGAAAAAAAAAUAUUGACAAACGCAAACAAGUAUGAUAAAUAUCUGUGUAAAUUUGAUAGCUUCAGUGUUGGAGCAAUUGAACAUUAUAACAAGUACAUGCAUUAUUACCACUGUGGUGUUGUGUACAGGGUAAAAAAAAAUGUUGUAUGUACUGGUUGCACUCUGGAAUGUGAAUGGUGUUUAAAGUUCAGUUUCAUAUCUUAUGAUAAUCAUGUUGCCUCGAAUUGAUAAGGAGUCAUAGAAGUUAUCACUUUUUCUUGUGCUUUUACAAGCAAAAGGUAUACCACAUUAUGAUUACCACAGAAUGAAAUUGAGCUUUUACACCAGAUAAUAUACAUAAAUAUAUUUAUUGUAUAAUAAAAAGCUAUUAUGUACAUAUCUGUAAAAUGAUA